ACGAUGCUGUUUACUGGAUACAUACCGGACUCUUAACUAGAUACAAUACUGUGUGGUCUGUAUCUGUAUACUCUUUACUGUAAACUGUGGUUUAUACUAUCUAUCUCUCCCUUCUCCAACCUCCAUUCUUCACUUCUCCUCACCACCUAUAGCUAUACCUUACCUUCACUUUCUCCCGCUCUACUACAACAUACAUACUCCCAUACAUAUACAUACCUACCUUACCCGCCUUCCUUUAUAUCGAUCCCAUCCCCGGCCUCAUCUCAUGCCUGCCUUGAAUGCUUAAUCCCUAACAAGCCCCUCCUCAUCACUCUUGUCCCUCUAUCCCUCUCUUCUCUUGUCCCUCUCACCUCUUCUCCCUGUCAAUCAAUCCUCUACAAUCACUCUCUACCUUCACUCUUCUCCAUCUUUACUACCCUCCUUCCUCACCCUCCUCCAUCACCAACUAUCGUGAAUCAAUAAACAUAUCAACACACAAACACUGCUUCACCGUGUCACUACCUGCUACUAUAUUGGUUCAUGCACACGACACCGCCAAAUACCUCGCAUGCACGCAUACACCCAUACUCGCAUACACGCAUAAACCACAUACAACAAACAUACAAACACACAAACACCUCAAGUACUUCCCUCCUCUCUCUCUCCACGCUGUGCUGCACGUAGGGUGCGAGUUCUCUGUCGUCGUCGUCGAUUAUCACCGUCUACUGCAUUAUACACUGCACUGUAUUACCAAAACACUGCAAAAUCCCGAUCCAGCCGCGGCCACACCCAAGCACCCAAGCCAAAAUCUAAACCACCCCAACCCACGCACGGCCAAGCCUCCACUCCGCUCCACAACCGCCAUCUUCUUACUCUACUAACUCUCCACUGAAACUGCUUCAACUGAAACCACUCUCCUACAACAAUCUUCACCUCCCGCCAGACCACCAACUCACCCAUCUUCAUCGCUCGUACGCGCCCACCACCACCGCGACGACGACAAUAUAUCAAUUCACAAUCGCAUCACCUCCAAGAUACCCCGUCGACGACGUACCCCGACAGAGCCUGAUCUGGGCCUUCGCUUCAAUCCACUUUAACCGGCCUACCCGCCACAACACAUCACCCAUCCCAGCCUGACCGACGACAACCACCACAACAACCACAAACAACACCGACAGCUCCUCCCGUCGCCGCGUCUGGCACAUGCGUCGCACCGCGCCCGACCGCCGCGACAAUGGCCGUUGACGCCUCCCACCUGCACGCCGUCCUGCGCGAGACAGUCGGUCUCCUCGUCCGCGCCGCUGUCCCGCCCACAGCCGCCGAAGACAGCGCAGCAACCUCUACCACCUCAGCCGCAGCGGAUACAGCAACCACGCCGCCGCCGCAGGAUAAGGGGGGGAACUCGCAGUCGCCGCUGCUGUUCUUUGUGGCUCUCGGGUUCGGCGUUGUGUUCACGAAUCUCUGGAUUAUCGUAGGAGUAAAAUACUGCUUCCGCUAUAACGCACGUAACCGUGCCCUCGCGCGCGGCGAAAACCUCGAUCCCAUCUCCAUGGAGCCGGUGCACCCCCGCCCGCACCGCCGUCGCCGCGAGAAGAAACUCAUGACUGUAGACGAGGUCAACGAGCGCUUCCCGCAGAUGAAGUACUCGGACUGGGCAGCUGCACGCGCACACGAGGGACUCCCAACAGCUGGGGGUGUGUCAGCACCAGCUGGGAGUAGACCAGCCACAGUACGAGAUGCAGAGGGCGUCCUGCCAACUUCCCCAACGUCGACGAAACACUUCGACACCGCACCGGAGGUAGGAGAAGUGCCUUCAACACCUACAGCAACUACAACACCCACCAUAACGACCACACCCGCCCCCGCACCCCGCCUCAGCACCGACACAACUGAGAAACCAACCGACACCACCACCGACACCAACACCCACCUCGCCGCCGACCCCGCCCACCUCGCCACCCUCACCUCCACCGCCACAAACGCAACCCACUACGACCCCAAACACCCCUCCGACGACUCCGACGACGAGGACCUCCACGUCCUCCCUCCCGCCCUCCUCGACCACCCAGGCGACUCCUGCGCAAUCUGCAUCGACGUCCUCGAACCCACCGACGACGUCCGCGGCCUCACCUGCGGCCACGCCUUCCACGCCACGUGUCUCGAUCCGUGGUUAACCAGCCGUCGCGCCUGCUGUCCGCUAUGCAAGGCGGAUUACUACAUCCCCAAGCCCCGCACCGAGGGCGAAGAAGCCGAGACCCGCGAGCGUGAACGCAGACGCCGCGAACGUGCCGAAGGUCGCGGGGUUAAUCUCCCGCAACAACCUGGGAGCGCGUGGGUAGACGGACGGGUACGGGGACGUUUCUUCCUGCCAGCGCGCUUUGGAGAUUCGGGAGGACGGGGGUGGCCGGGAUCUAGGCCGGGGGGGGAGGGAGAGAGUGCGUUGGCGGGGACGGGAGGACGGAGUGGGGGGGGGAUGGGGAGGUUUUUCCCGUGGCAUCGGAGUGCGGGGGCGAGUGGGACGACGCCGGCGCAGUUGGAGGCGCAGAUUAGGAGGUGAGAGGGGGAAGAAGGCCUCAAGGAAUCUAUUGUUUUGUAACUGGCUGGUCGACUGCUGAGGGUGAUGGACUGGGGGGGGGUGGUAGUCAAUAUGGCAGAGCGAGAUGAUUUCAUGCAUCGAGUCUGCGCGAGGCUUAUACGCUCGAGUCCGCUGAAGACGACACCACUUCUACCACCACUCCACACUACACACGACACAACCACUGUCUCGCCAUACCAACCACACAUCAAUCACCACACACUUUCAUUCAACAUUUCUACUCGCAACUCCAACAUCAUCAGAUUGGGAAGUACAUAAUACCUGGCUCGAAAGCGGAGCCGGGCUCGGUUGGGAAUCCGGGGGGGGGGUAGAAACGGCGUUUUCUAGGCGUUUUUUUUUCUUUUGUCGUUUUGGGGAUUGGGGUUGGUUGGUUAUAUGGACGGGAAAUGGGGAGCUGGGGGAACCGACCUGAGUCGGUCGAGAUGGUACGGAUGGGAUGGGUGGGAUAAGAGGAUUAUAACGAUGGGUAUAUGGAAACGGAGAAGGAUGAAGGGAGUGGAAUGGGAAAGGAAGGGUGGAAUGCUAUAUCUUGCUUGCUUCUUUUGAGCGUUGCUGCGUCGGUCUGGUCUGGUUAUAGUAGGAUGGGAUGGGAUGGGAUGGAUGGGAUGGGAGAUUCGGAGAUAAGGAUAAGGAUAGGGGUGCAUGCAUGGAGGCGGUUGCAUACGGGGUGGGGGGUAUAUAUGAGAAUUACAGAAUGUUCUGAG